GGUGCAGUGAAGUGAACUAGCCGCCAAAUGAACACUUGUUGAUGGAACCUCUCAUAAAUUGUUUAUUAUUUCGAUAGGCGAACUGGGAAUUGCGUGCAUUGAAUGAGAAGAUGGUGUUCAAGUGCCAGGAGGACAGCUUCCUGAAGCAGUUCAAGACGAAAGUCGUGAGCAGUGAGUUCGCCACCUUGGACUGGACGAGUCCGCAGGGAGAGGUCCAGAAACUGAAGGGUUUCCAGGUGGUCUGCGAGGAUACGAUACUGUUCCCCGAGGGCGGUGGCCAGCCCUGCGACUACGGAACCCUCGGCGGAUUCCCCGUGCGCAAUGUCCAGCGGAAGGGCACCACGGCCGUCCACUUUGUGGAAUCGCCGACGAGCUUCGAGCAGGACUCGGAGGUGCUCCAGCAACUCGACUUUCCCCGGCGACUGGACCACAUGCAACAGCACUCGGGGCAGCACCUGAUAACCGCCCUAUUUGACAGGGAGUUCAAGUACGACACGACCUCCUGGUCCCUGGGCUCCAGUGCCUCAUACAUCCAGCUGAGCACGCCCCAUCUCAUCAGUCGCGAGUCGCUGGACCUCAUCGAGCGGCAGGCCAACGACCUGAUACGCGAGGGCCGCGAGGUCAGCGUGGUCCUGGUGGACCCCGAGGUGGCGCAGGAGUUCCAGGAUGCCCGAGCCCCGCGCGGACUGCCCAAGGACCACGAGGGGCUGGCCCGCGUGGUGCGCAUCGCGGGCAUCGAGAGCAACAUGUGCUGCGGCACCCACGUCACGAAUCUCUCCCAGCUGCAGUGCAUCAAGCUGCUCUGCGCCGAGAAGGUGAAGACCAACGUGCUCGUCCACUUCGUCGUCGGCGAGCGGGUGCUGCAAAAGCUGGGCGAGGUCUUCCAGCGGGAGCAGCAGCUCACCCAAGCCCUCAAAGGUGGCCCGGGCCAGCACUUGGAGCUCGUCCAGAAGUUGCAGCAGAAUGUGAAGGGCAGUCGCAAGUACUUCGUGCAGCUGCUCAAGGACUUCGCCACCGCCGAGGCCGAGCGGCUGGAGGAUCUGCCCAAGAAGGAGCGGCCCAAGUACUUCGCCCUCCAUCGACGCGACGGCAUCGAGGUGGACUUCAUCAACACAUUCUUGCGGCUGGCGCCCGCAGAGGGAAUCCUCUACUUCCUCACCGUUUCCGAGGGCGUUGCCGCCGGCAGCAGUGCCAAGGGCCACCUGGUGCUGCGCGGGGAUCCGGAACUGGUCGAGAAACUGGGCCCCCAGUUCGUGGAACUGCUCGAGGGCAAGGGCAACGGCAAGGAGGGCAGCUUCCAGGGCAAGAUCAACAACCUGGCGCGGCUGCAGGACUGCCAGGAUCUGCUGGAGGCGCACUUCAAGCCAAAGAAGAUCGUAGAAGCCCCAUCAGCAGCCCCGCCUGCAAAUGGCGCUGAGUUGGACAAGGAGGAGUAGAGCAACGUUCGGCAGUGCCCCCCAUCCAAUAUACAAUAUUUGUAUGGUAUUAGAGAACAUAAAUGUUCGAAAAUAAAUGUUGGCUAUUUUUUAAAGCA